CCGCUCCCUCUGGUGUAUGUCAUCAAAAGGCGGAAGCUCAGCGGGGGCGGGAAGGUUGUAGAACAGCACGUUGAGCUCGAUUUGCCGGUCUUUGAGUGGUCGCACCCCCGUGAAGAAAGAACCUGACGGCAAGGCGGCCUCAGGCUAUCUAGCCUCCGGGUAAGUAGGGCCGCCUGGCGGCGCCGGGGGAUUGAUGGUCUGUGGCUCUGGAGCUGACCUGCUGCCGCCGUCCCCACAGGUGAUUGUAAAGUGCUGAUCAACUGCCACUGAACAAAGUUGAAACAGAAAAUAGGAAGAUGGCAGCAAACCCUUCAGGACAAGGUUUUCAGAACAAAAAUAGAGUUGCAAUCUUGGCAGAGCUGGACAAAGAGAAAAGAAAAUUACUAAUGCAGAACCAAUCUUCAACAAAUCAUCCUGGAGCUAGCAUCGCACUCUCAAGACCCUCUCUUAACAAGGACUUCCGGGACCACGCUGAGCAGCAGCAUAUUGCAGCCCAACAGAAGGCAGCUUUGCAGCAUGCACACGCACAUUCAUCUGGAUACUUCAUAACUCAAGACUCUGCGUUUGGGAAUCUUAUUCUUCCUGUUUUACCUCGCCUUGACCCAGAAUGAAGAAAAUAUUUGUAACAAAAGUGACUCUGUAAUUUCAGACGCCAAAGCUCCCACCGUUCAGUGCUAUGCAGACUGUGACUUUCA